AUUAAUACCUCUCCAUUGAGCAUUGGUAUUUGGCAAAAAGCCAAAGACCUUCAGUUGAUUCCGAUCUUACUGACGAAACAGUCGAUAGCAGUCGUGACUGUCAUACGUUUCGUAAACACAGCAAGACAAUGGAAUCAAAAACCAAGGAAACAGAAGUGAAUAAACAAGUCGACGAAUGUGUUAUUGUACCAGAUAUUGAAAAACUUUUGGAACGAGAUUCUUACUUGAAACCCCACGAAGGAGAGAUUCGGCAAAGGUAUGCUAGGUUUGAAAAGUUGAAGAAACAAAUUUGCCAAUGUGAAGGCGGUAUUGAUAAAUUCACAUCAGCUUAUAAAUCAUUUGGCAUACAUAUUGGUGAAGACAAUAGUGUUUCUUGCAAAGAAUGGGCACCUGGAGCUCGUCAGUUGUAUCUUUAUGGAGAUUUCAAUGGCUGGGAGAAAAAGAGAAAUCCAUAUGAGAAACUUGACUUUGGAAAAUGGCAGUUGCAUUUACCUGCAAAUCCGGAUGGAACCUGCCCAAUCAAACAUGGUUCUAAAAUAAAGGUAGUUGUUGAAACAGAAGAUGGAUCGUUGCUGGAUAGAUUGUCUCCAUGGGCAACUUAUGUUGUUCAGCCCCCACCCAAUGAAGGCUGUGCCUACCAACAAGUGGUUUGGAAUCCACAACAUAAAUAUGAAUUUAAGCAUUCGCGCCCGAAACGACCGAAUAGUCUUAGAAUCUACGAGUGCCAUGUAGGUAUCGCCACCACGGAAGGAAAAGUUGGAUCUUACAAGGAAUUUAGAGAAAAUGUCAUACCGCGCAUAGUAAAACUUGGUUACAACGCUCUUCAGCUGAUGGCUAUUAUGGAGCAUGCAUAUUAUGGUAGCUUUGGAUACCAAGUUACCAGCUUCUAUGCAGCUUCAAGCCGAUUUGGGACCCCUGAAGAAUUGAAGGAGUUGGUGGAUGUAGCCCAUUCUCAUGGUCUCAUCGUUCUUCUGGAUGUCGUCCAUUCUCACGCUUCCAAAAAUGUUCUAGAUGGUCUCAAUCGAUUUGAUGGGACAGACUCUUGCUUUUUUCAUGGAGGUGUGCGAGGUCAACAUGCAUUGUGGGAUAGUCGACUUUUUGAUUACCAAAAUUGGGAGGUACUACGCUUUUUGCUCUCUAAUCUAAGGUGGUACAUGGAAGAGUACCAAUUCGAUGGAUUCCGUUUUGACGGUGUCACAUCUAUGCUGUACCACUCACGUGGAAUUGGCCAAGGAUUUAGCGGAGACUAUGAGGAAUAUUUUGGCUUAAAUACAGACACCGAUGCUGUGUGCUACUUAAUGAUGGCAAACAAUAUUUUGCAUGAAUUUUAUCCGGAUGUCAUCACUAUAGCUGAAGAUGUGUCUGGUAUGCCAGCUUUGUGCAGACCAGUAAGUGAAGGCGGUGGAGGAUUUGAUUACCGUUUGGGAAUGGCUAUUCCAGAUAAGUGGAUCCAAUUGUUAAAAGAAUACAAAGAUGAAGACUGGGACAUUGGAAACCUAGUUCACACUUUGACUAAUAGACGAUGGAUGGAGAAAACCAUCGCGUACGCUGAAUCGCACGAUCAGGCCUUGGUGGGUGAUAAAACAAUCGCUUUUUGGAUGAUGGAUAAGGAAAUGUACACAAACAUGUCAGUAUUAUCACAAUCGUCGCCAGUGAUUGAUCGCGGUAUGGCUUUGCACAAAAUGAUCCGGCUCAUUACACACGCUUUGGGCGGAGAAGGUUAUCUCAAUUUUAUUGGGAAUGAGUUUGGCCAUCCCGAAUGGUUGGAUUUCCCUCGCGUUGGCAACAACGAGUCGUUUCACUAUGCUCGGAGACAAUGGAAUCUCGUUGAUAAUCCUUUACUCAAAUAUCAUUACCUGAACGAUUUCGAUGCUGCAAUGAACCAUUUAGAAGAACAAUACGGAUGGCUUCAAAAGGAUCCGGCUUACAUGAGCACAAAGCACGAAGGAGACAAAGUCAUCUCAUUUGAUCGAGCUGGUCUAGUGUUUGUCUUCAACUUUAAUUCAACCAAAAGCUAUACCGACUACCGUGUUGCCAUACCAACCGCUGGGAAAUAUCGUAUCGUGCUAGACUCGGAUGACAAGAAGUUUGGCGGUCACGGACGAUUGGACCAUAAUACUGAUUUUUUCUCCCUUGAGGAACCUUUUGGAGGACAUCCUCAUUCACUGAUGGUGUAUGCUCCAUGUCGGACGUGCUUUGUCUUGGCCCGAGUCGAUUGAAAGGCUCUCCAAAUAGCUCUACGCUCAACGAAGGGAAGCUACUAGUUAAAAAUAUUUCAGUGACUGGCUCGGAUGAGCUGAUAGAUGUCAUAUUUGCCAGUUAGGAUUGUAGGUCGAUUUGUCUGUUAUGGGCUUGGAUUUUUAACGCAUAAUGAAAUAGAUUAAAUAACAGCGA